AUGGAUCGGGUAGAGGUGAGCAUUUUAAAAAUUUCCAUUCUUUUCACCUAAUCCGAUAGGUCCUCGAAUAGUAAUGCGUGCCAAUUAGUUCAUUGCCCAUAAGGUGCCCGUCACGUCCAUAUGGCUCUUUUGUAUAUAUAUAUAUAUAUAAAUAUCAUCCUUUUCCCAUUCUAUACCCUCCCGGCAGCAUGGAAAAAUGAGGGAAAAGUGAUGGGUGAGAUUGGUCCCACGGGUCAAAAGUUGUUGUGAAGCGCAACGUUUCAAGGGUGUGUACUUUUGGCGGAAAGUUUGAAAAAUAUGAAUAUUUACGCGACCCGCAUCUCAAAAACCCGUUAUUUUUAGGCAAUGCGGUCAACUGAAGAGUUGUUGUAAAUCGUCUGCUGACCAACUUUUCAGUUGACCACCGUCCUCCAAAACGUGCUCUUUUCGAGUUGUGAGCAUUUUUUUGAACGGUACCCACUUGAAAAAUUGUCCAAUGGCUUUCGAAAAGUACUUCCACACUCAUUUAGAAUAUUCAUCUUUCGCCGAAAUUUCCAAAAUCUCGAAUUUCAAUCCCUUCUUCUCAUAAUCAAGAAUGGGCAUGUGGGUUAAUCUCCCAGCGACUAAAUGAGCUCAUCUUUGUGUUGUGGGAACGGAUUCGGACGGACCAAGUGAAUGAAACAAUUAGGAAUGGGGGCAAUUGUUUGGGCAAACAUAUAUCUCUUCGAUGAAAUCCGAUUGACACCACGCGCACAUGAAAUGAUUCGAUUUGAAAGGGGUUGAGGAUGAGAAGAGUAAUUAGGCUUUUCCAAGAAAAACCAAUUCCGCUCUUCUCGCCAACAAAGCCCAGCAAGUUUUCAGAUUAUGGUCGUGAGAUGCGUGCCACACGAAUGUCCGUGGUCGAUUUUUGGAAGAACGAAACGAAAGGCGACGGGCUGAACGUGCGCGUGGCUCAUGGCGUGAACAGCUGGCCGGAUCUCGUCGAUCAACUGCACGGUAGGAGCACACUUACGCAAUCAUCGUCCUCUUUGGCGGUGCAUGAGCGUACCUAGCGGAAAUUAGGAUCGGUCUGAAGGAUCCGCGGAUCUUUGUGAUCCCCGGACACGGAGCUCGCCGAGCUAAUGAGCAAAACCCGACUGGCGGCAAGUGUUUUCGUGUGGCCAAGACGUUAAUUAAGAGCGGCGGAUUAGAAGGCAACCGGAUGAGGACACGCUUCGGUGAUUUCAGGCCAACAAUUGUGACAUGCUUUUAGAAAUUUUUAUGAAAUUGUACCAUGUUUUGCGAAACCAGAUAGUCUGAAACUUGGACCCAAGCCCAAGAAGCCGCCUGCAAAGUUUGGGCCCGAUUGGAUUAUUGCGAGUCCUUAAAAGUCCCGGCCCGGACGAAUCAAUCGAAAAAGCGCCGAAUUCAAAGCUAACAAUGUUUCAGAGCCGUUCCUAAACAAGUCGAUGAUGAUCGAAGGCGACGUGUUCAUGCAGGCCCACCGUCGGCCACGUCAUCGAGCGGUUCCGGUGAUGAAGGCCGACACGAAGAUCGCCGAUCGGAUCACUUUUAAGGAAUGGCUCAGGGAGGUGGCCACUAUGCACAAAGGUAGGCAAUUCUGUGAAAACAAAAAAUGUCUGAGGCCUCAAAGUUUGAACGCUUAUAUCUCGAGACCCAAUAAUUAUUUCAAAAAGUGUUCAACUGAAAAGUUGUUGCAAAUUUUGUGCUCAACAACUUUGUAGUUGAUGAUUUUAUUCCAAAACUAGUCAUUCUUCAGUUGUGGCCUAGUUUCUAAAGCCUACGGGGCAGUGAAAUUGAACGGUACGUAUUACGUAAUUAGGUCCUAGCGAGCACUAGAUUUUAUUAAAGUUCUCCACCCAAUUCGCUAAUUUCCACAUCCAAAACAUCGCCAACUUGUUCUUCUUGUUCGAAUCAGUCCGAAUCAACUAAUUCGAUCGGCAACUGAUACCAAAAACAUUCCAAUGAUACAUUCUUGGCCCCCCUCUUCCGACCGGUGUACAGUAAUCCAUCAUGUUUCUGUCCCCUCUCUCUCCGUCCAAUCUUACAACAACUAUUAUACGUUCCUCGGGGGGACCACCCCUCCCCAGACAUUAUCGACACUUUGGGUUUGUGGCAGAAGCUGUCGGUGAGGACAAACUUUACACUUUUUGUUGCGCGCGUCGGAGCAUAUCAUGUUGCUCUGAGGUGCUCACAGGUGAUUUAUGAAGAGGAGGGAAGGGACAGGUGCACAAUGAGCACAAGUGGACGGAUGGGACGAUUUGAAGAGGGACGGAGAAGAACGAGAAUCGUUUUCAGCGAUCAAAAUCAACUUCCGCUCGAACGAGGUCGUCCGUCCGGUCCUUCAGGAUUUGUACGCCAGUCAGGCGGAUCCGACGUCUCCGGUCCUACAAUAUCCGGUCAUUCUUCACGCGAACGUCUUCAGAUCACCCCGAAGUGUUGAGGUGACAUUCAAUAAUUAGCCAGAAAAUUUUUACAUCUCCAAAACAGACCGAAGUGGACCCGUCGACUUUUGUCGAGAAAACGAGGGACCUGUUCCCGGACGCCACGCUAUCGUUAGGCUGGACAAAGCAGGCGAAUUUCAGUCAUUUGCACGCGAAAUACAAAAAAAUGUCGUGGCGCCAACUGUUCCACAUUUUGGAGUACAUCAGUCGGCUCGACCAACCGGUCAUGCUCUCCGUUCGGCUCUCGGUGGCCGCCCAUUCGAAAGAGCAACUUCUUUGGCUACUCGGAAUGCAUCAAUCGAUAUCGCUGCUUUUGUGGAGCGACACCGACGAUCACGUCACGAAUUGGGCACCGAUUCUCGAGCUGAGACGCUCGACGACUAAGAAUCGCAUCUUGUACGAUUUGGAUCCGAAGCACAGAAAGUUCUUGCAAACCGAGACGAACGAGCCGAUUGUGGUGAGUGAGCAAUGUUCUGGAGCACUUUUGAAAAAGGCCCAUCUUUCGUGGCGGGACCCGAUAACGUUAUUAUACUUUUCCGAAAGCUCUCAACGAGUUGCACCUAAUUUCAGACGCCCGCCACGUUCUCACUGCAAGACUGGCAAGCCGUCGAGUUCUCCUCCGCCGGAUCCCAAUUAUCCACCGUAGUCCGUUCGGAAAAAGGCCCCGCAUUUCUCGGCGAGCCCACAGCCCUUCUGCUCUCGAAACUCGCGCCGCCCAAGUUUCCGUCGGAGCAAAAAGUGACGGGAAAAGUGCAUUUUCUGCCGAAAAAAGUGGCGGAGAGUGUGAAUUUGGACGAGAAUAGCGGCGUUUCGAUUUAUUUGAUGGACAAGAUACAGGAUAUUGACUCGCCGAAAAUCACAAACUCUUUGGAGGUUCGUACACGCUUUUUUGUCGAGAUAAAAUUGUCGAAUUUUGCAGGUUUUCAUCGGAUUCGACGGGAAAGUGAAAAUAACGAACGGAGAAGUCAAAAAUCUACCGUACUACGAGACAAAAUCAAUCGGACAGUUACCCGAAAGCGAUUGUUAUGGAUUUGAAGGUACCGCAUCUGGCAAAUUGUGUUUACAAACGACUUUCAGUGACCGAUAUGGGCUGGCGAGUCAAAUUGGACGCGUGGACUGCCGAGUGCGGAGACGAGAAGAUGCGGAAGAGGAGAACGGUCACUUUAGAAUUGGAUACACCCUUCAAAAAGUACGUGUUUCGCUGGAUUACUGAUUUCAGAGCGAACAAUCGGGUCUCGCCACGAAAGAGUACGGUAGCUUUCGUGGCGGCACUCAAAGCGUUCAGAAAAUGAUCGUACUUUUGUGAAAGCGCUCAACGUAAACUCGUUUAGGCAUCGAAACCUGCGCAACGUGGUCGUCUCGAAAAAAGGCGACUCUGCCGUGGAUUUCUUGCUCGAAGAGCUCCGUCACAGCAGCUCGGCAAGCCUGUCGUUCUCAUUGAUUUCAGCGCUUCUCCUCACCAUUUCAAUCAUCUACCUCCUUUAA